AUGGACCAAUUAUUCAUGAAAGUUUCAGCACUUCGUGGACCAGUUAUUCAUGAAGGUUUCUAUCCUCGUGAUUAUAAACCGAGUUUGCUUUAUCCAGAAACAGAAGAGGAUCGUAAAGCUGCAGCAAUAAAAUAUGGAAUGAGACCAGAAGACUAUAAGCCAAUUGACAAAGAACAUGUCAGAUAUGCUGGUGAUUACCCUGAUGUUGGAAUCGUCACUUAUGAUCAUAAAGAUCCUUAUGAAAAUUGGAGUUAUCCAUUCUAUCGAAGAAAUUGGGGUGAAAUGGUUUCAAUAGAUGCUAUGCGAUAUCGACCGGAUCGUAUUGCAUAUACUGGUUUGGACGAAGAAGAAUUCAGACCACUUUAUAAUUUAUAUCUACUUUUACGUGUAUUGGUGCCCACUUUAUUGAUUAUAUGGUUCGUCACUCAACGAGAAAUCUUGCCAUAUCGAUGGAAAAAUCCAAUGAUGCCGAAACAGUAUUCAUUGGACUAUUAUCGAGCAUAUCCAUUCGAAGAUCCUAGAAAUUAUCCGAUUAUCAAUUAUACUUUCGAACCUUUCGAUUAA